CACUCGUGUACGAAGAAAGAUUGCUUCAAUUGCAUUGUUCAAAUGAAUAAACAUUAAAGUGAUACUAACUCGUCAAAGAAUGUAAACGCGACGGAAUUAUCAUAUCGCACAAUUUUAUGAAUAUUAACAAUGGCAGUCAAAGAGAAACAAACAGAAGCUUCCGCUGAUGAAAUAGAAUGGAAUGUCGAGAAUGAAAUUCAAUUAUUCUUUGCUAUGAACGGGCAUAAACCUGUUGGCAUUAAUAAAUAUUUUCACAUGGUUUGCAUAUGGGAAAAAUUUCGAGCUGCUAUUCACAAAGAUGUAUCAUUAAAAACUAUUUGGGAACAUUUGGAAUCAAUGUAUGAUUUGAUGGCUCUGGAUGACAUGGAAGAUUUACCUUUUCCUAGUCAAGAGAUAGAUUUUUGUUUACCAGAACAAGACUUCUUGGGACCACUUAAAUCUAGAAAAAGAGAGGAACCAGAACUAAAGUUAAAGGAACAAAGGGACAAAUACAAAGAAAUUAAGAAAGAAAAAGAUAUCAAAGAUCCUAUGAAAAAAGAUACUAUUCUUCGUGAUCUUAAAGGAACUAAAGAUAUUGAUAAAAAAAAAGAAGAAUUUAAAAAAUAUGUUAAAGACAUAGAAAUAAAAAAAGACAAACUUAGGGACAUUAAAGAUGUUAGAAAAGAUUACAAAUCCUCUAAAGGAAGGUCAAAGGGAAAAGAUGAGCCUGAAGAAACAGCAUCAAAUGGUAAAAAGGAACGUAAGGAUUCUGAUUCUGGUCGUGAAAGCUUAAAAAGAGGUCCAAAACGGCCAACUAGACAGAGUAUGGAUAGCACAUCUAAAGCAUCUUCCAGUCCACGUGAUACACCUCCACCAAAGCGAAGAAGAAUAUAACAAUUUACAGCUUAAA